UUGUUACGACUUUCGUGUUUGUCGCGUUGUAAAACUACAUUCAUUCAUAUUUUGCUUCCCCAAACAGUUUCAAUUCAACAUUCUGUGCUUUUAUGAAAAUUCCAACACGACAGUUUACUAAAAAGUGCUUGUUUUAGAUGCUUCCAAAACGGGUACCGAAUUUGUUCAAAUGGGUCAUGUUAUACUGAAGAAUCGUACUGAAAUAACUACAGAUUAGCGACCGCCACCUAAUGUCGAGGAUUAGUGAACGAACCACUUAAGUCUUUUUUAUUUUGUGUGGUGGGUGGAAAAAAGGGGGUGGCGAAACGCGCCCUUGCAGGAUUUUGCAGAUACCUUUAGAAAAGUGAAAGUAAAACUAGGGCAGCAUCUGCACAAAAGGCAAGUGGAGCAAGUGCCUCAGGAUUUCUAACAACAGCGACUAUGUUCGUGAAACGAGGAAUGCGAGUGCUAACGCUGGUAUUACUGAUGGUGUUAACUGGCCAUCAGCCAUCCGACGGUGCCCAUCUAUCCGGUUCCUUUCCAGUGGACGGAUUUUUUCGUUUCCUGAUCAAAUUUGGCUUCCAAAAAACGGAAAAGCAUUCGCAGAAAAAUACGGAAUCCGACACAUUCGGGUAUAUCUACGGGAACAUUACGUCGCACUGGAACUUCUCGGUGCCAAUUACGCUGGCAGUGCUGGACAAGCACAAUUUUCUGGAAUACUACGCCAACAGGAACAACUACAAUCGGGAAGUGGCGUGUCAGCGAAUGUUCGACAAAUUAGAUAAGGUGGCCUUCAACCGCGGAUGCAACAAGGCAGCGGAAGCAGAUUACCUACGAAGGGUGCCCUGCGAAAAGGGAAAGCUUUGCUCGGACGAAGACAAUCCGACCAAUGUUGUAGCAGGCAGCCAGUUCACCUACGUGAUUAGUGACCCUAACGUGCCGAGAUUCUGGUAUGUCUCCCUGGUAUCCUGCUAUCAGAAUGUCACUACCUGUCAGUGGCACUAUUACGACUAUCGAAAGUAUCACCCGGACGCACUACCCCAGAUCGACUACGACAUUCAGCUGGUUAAUGGGAACCCGAAUCGGCAGAGUCUGUCCUUUUUCAACCCGCUGCUGUUCCAUUUUUCCUUUGAUCAGCAGAACACGCUGGAAAUGUAUCUGAUAUUUUUCGUUAUAUACUUGGUGAUGGUACCGAUGCAAAUCUACGCCGUGCGACUGCAGAAACAUCCCGUUACGAGACUGUUCACCAUCAGUCUAGCUCUGGAAUUCAUCAGCGUGUGUCUGCUGUUGAUUCACACCGUUCGAUAUGCGAUGAACGGUGUGGGUAACGAGAGGUUGGCGAUUACGGGAGAUAUUUUUGAUAUUUUCAGCAGGACUUCAUUCAUGCUGAUAUUACUUCUGUUGGCGAAAGGCUGGGCAGUCACACGAAUGCAAAUUUCUGUCAGCAGCUGGAUCUUACUGAUGGUUAUUUGGAUUCCUUACUGUGCUAUUCACGUGCUCUUGUACAUAUGGAAUAGGACUGAGGUCGACAUAAUAUCCGACAUCGACGAAUAUCAAACGUGGCCCGGAUGGUUGGUGCUCGCCUGCAGGUCCACUAUGAUGUUGUGGUUUCUGUGGGAGCUACGAACAACGAUGAAGUACGAGCAUUCCACUCAGAAGUUGGAUUUCCUACUGCAUUUCGGAGCCUCAAGUCUAGUGUGGUUCAUUUAUUUGCCAAUAGUGGCCAUAAUUGCAGUUAACGUUAAUCCACUGUGGCGAUAUAAGUUGUUGCUAGGAAUAACCAAUUCAGCAGACUGUCUUGCAUACUGCGUAAUGAUGGGUCUAUUGUGGCCGAAUCGGGCCGGCCAAUAUCUGCUGCUGACGGGUAUUAACUAUGUCGGUAUGGACGAACUGGAAGAGUUCAACGAGGCACCGCACGUGGUUCAAAGGGACUCGGACGUACUGCGGGUGGACUGCGAUGAUGACUUCGUUGAAAAUGACGACGAAAUCGAAACCAUGGUGCUGAGCACGGAUGAUCUGUUGAACAACGGGGGCGCCAAUCACCAUCAGCCGCAGGUGGUGAGUAGCGGAGGUAGCAAACCGCUGGUGCUUAACGGCCGCAGUCGGAACAUUCUGUAAGUGUGUGUAUGUAUUUCUAACAGUAAUCUACGGUAUAACUUUACACCUGUGACCAACACGGGCGGAACGAAUUUUGUACAUACUAGGUCAAACGAUUUUUAUGAAAUUUUUCAAAACUGCUCUUAUUAUUAUGGAUUGAUAUUGAAUCUUCGAACGGAAGUCACGUGAAAGUAUAGAUAAUAAAUGAAGAAGAAAAAAAAUACAAAAACGAAAAAUCAGACUAUGUGCCAUACCGAAACAAAUUAUUUCGUCGCUUGUUGAUAUGUAGGAAGAAUCUAUGAAACGGAUUAGUAAGCACAAAGCUGUUAGAGCACUCCUCUUAAGACUAGAAGCUGAAGAUUGAUGGCUGAGCAACCGGAUGCUUCAGUAGUUAUUUUGUCCGUUUUUUUGCCAGUAGCGCAAGCGUUGUGAGGCACCUUCCAGUAGUUAAGGCAUAACAAGUGUGUGAUAUAGAAGGAAAGAUAGCAAUUACCCGCAAGCUAAGGAUAACGAUGUUAUUUGUACAUAGGAUUUUAUCAAAUAUGAACCUUUCAGAAUGUAGCAAAAACUUAAUUAGUGAACGAGGAAAGUAUUUCAAUAGAUACUGCGUUUUGUCAGUGUUUGAUCUCUUUAGUAAUCCACAUUAGACCUCCGGCGUUCGUUGGGUCUGAUUCUGGCUGGAAGGGCCUUUUAGCUAGAGAGUACCAUUAACGGAACGAAGAUAGACACUGGAACCGGUUCUUUCAACUGAUUCGACGAACAGUGCAUUUAACUUUUACUGUACUGAUAUUUAGAAUAGAACAGCAUUUUCUUGCUUUCUUCAAUAGCGCUCAGUGUAACUCUUUUUUGUUCAAUUUUCGUACUAUUUCUAGGCUCUAUUUGUACUAGGUUGUUAACCAUUUUGAUGAUAUUGAGUGACCUAUCUCCAGAAAAAAAACUUGAUAUUACCCAGUAUUUUUUAUUGAAAUUUUGUAUCAGUUUUAUUAGCAUCGCAAACUGAUAGAAGCAUACCGCAAUCACGAACCGUCACGUUUUACGUUAGCAAGCUUAUUAUUUUAAACUCCAGAAAAAAUUGAGCUUGUAUUCAAAACACACGAAGAGAGAGGAAACAUUUUCGUCUGUCACUUCAUCAAAAGAGAGUAUCAAUGCCAACGUCGCUCGUUUUCCUACGACAAGAUGAAAACAAUUUGAUCACAUUUGCAUGAUGAAUUUAGUCGAAUUUCAAUUCUCAUGCAAUAUAUUGAAAAUCUGGGCGGUUUGGGGAUAAAGAGAGUCUACAAUAUAAUAAACCAAAUUUAUUACACUCUGGAACCUCUUGCGAAACUAAAACGACUAUAGAUACGAACACCAACAGGUUAAAAUCAUUGUGUAUCGUUCUCUGUCAUUGUCGAUGUUCGAAGCUUCGGUUGAAUGUCGAUAAAAGAAAACAAUUUCCGAUUCAAUCGUUGACUGGACAUGGAUCACGGUCUCAACAUUUGCAAACGGAGCUGAAAGUGAUACUUAUGUUGAGUCAAGGAGAAUGACCUCUAUUAACCCAUUAUGUCCUAGCGUAUGAUAUAUCAUACGCAAAACUUCCUAUAUUUUAAUACAUGUUUACUUUAGAAGUUUGAUACCUAACAGCUUUACUAGAGCACUAGUUGAUAGUUUACACUUUUGAUUUCUUUGUAAGAAAAAAUUGAGCAAAAGCGCAGAUUGUCAUCCCGUCCUUUGAGUCAAUAAAGAAUCUCUCUCUAAUGGCUUCGACAUAAUAGAUAUAAGGUAUCACGCUUUCUUUAAAGAAUUACUCAUACUUGAACGUUCGCCCGACGCAACAAAAUAAACUUUGAAACAGUUCCUUGUACAGUUUUUAAGCAGUGAGAAAGUUUUCUCAGAACUUGUUCUGUAUAUUCAAGUUGCCAAAAAGUGCCACGCGUUCUUUAGGGCUCUAAUAAGGUGGAUAUUGUUCAGGUAUUGAUCUUACCAAUUUGAACAUUCUUCUCAGAAUUUCAAAUAUAACAGUUCGGCUGAAAAGUUCGUAUCGUUUAAUAGAAACACACAGAAACACACGUUUUUAUUAUUCAACAUAAUUACCAGAGACGAUACAGCGAUUAUAGCGAUCUUCCAACUUUUCGAUACCAUUUUUGUAGUACGAUUUGUCCUUUGCCUCAAAAUAGGCCUCAGUUUCAGCGAUUACCUCUUCAUUGCUUCUAAAUUUUUUACCAGCGAGCAUUCUCUUGAGGUCUGAGAACGGGAAAAAGUCACUGGGGGCCAAAUCUGGAGAAUACGGUGGAUGAGGGAGCAAUUCCAAGCCCAAUUCGUUCAAUUUCAGCAUAGAUUCAUCGACUUGUGACACGGUGCAUUGUCUUGAUGAAACAAAACUUUUUUCUUCUUCAAAUGAGGCCGUUUUUUGAAAUUUCGUCCUUCAAACGCUCUAAUAACGCUAUAUAAUAGUCACUGUUGAUGGUUUUUCCCUUUUCAAGGUAGUCGAUGAAAAUUAUACCAUGCGAAUCCCAAAAUACAGACGCCAUAACCUUACCGGCCGAUUGUUGAGUCUUUCCACGCUUUGGGUUCGGCUCAUCGCGUGCAGUCCACUCAGCUGACUGUCGAUUGGACUCCGGAGUGAAGUGAUGGUGCCAUGUUUCGUCCAUUUUUCUUUUCUUUUUCUUUCAUUUUUUUCACAAUAACAAAAGUAGCUUCACUCAAAAUGCAAUAUCUCACAAACUAAUAAUCAGACAGCUGUCAAAUUUAUACACGUAUCUUUUGAAAGUUGGUACUAACUGAAAAUGGUAUGGAUUUAAUUCUAGUGGCGCCCUCUCAUAGAAACGAUCGAUUUUAUUUCGAUAUAACAGCUCCAAACACUGCUCAGAAUCCUCAAUUCGUUGUUGUUUUUGAUCGAUUGUGAGCUCACGCGGCACCCAUUUUGCACAAAGCUUUCUCAUAUCCAAAUAUUCGUGAAUAAUAUGUCCAACACGUUCCUUUGAUAUCUUCAGGGUGCCAGCUAUCUCGAUCAACUUCAUUUUACGGUCAUUGAAAAUCAUUUUGUGGAUUUUUUUCACGUUUUCAUCGGUAACAGCCUCUUUUGGACGUCCACUGCGUUCAUCGUCUUCGGUGCUCAUAUGACCAGUACGAAAUUUUGCAAACCACUUACGAAUUGUUGCUUCGCCCGAUGCAGAGUCUGGAUAACACUCAUCAAGCCAUUUUUUGGUAUCGGCGGCACUUUUUUUCAUCAAAAAGUAUUGUUUCAUCAACACACGAAAUUUCUUUUUUUUUCAUUUUUUUCACAAUAACAAAAGUAGCUUCACUCAAAAUGCAAUAUCUCACAAACUAAUAAUCAGACAGCUGUCAAAUUUAUACACGUAUCUUUUGAAAGUUGGUACUAACUGAAAAUGGUAUGGAUUUAAUUCUAGUGGCGCCCUCUCAUAGAAACGAUACGAACUUUUCAGCCGAUCUGUUAAAAUGGCAAUAUAAAUCCAUUAUGAUAAUAAUAUUGAACAUUGAUAUCUAAUUGCCACUUAUUGUGUGCGCUAAAUCAUUAGAAAGCAAAUGCAAGAAAAAUUUAUUAGUUUGACAUUAGCGCUUCUACAGAACAACCUUUUCAUUGAUUCAUUUAAAAAUUUUCUGAUUUGUUAAACUCUAACUCUUUAUCUAACUCCAUUACACAUAAUCCAUCAACUGGUAAACGAUAUCAAAACUUUUUCUCCUGUAUACAGCGGUUUUUCAGAACAGUCAUAUGCAUUCCGUUAUUGAGUCAUUUGGCAAGCAAUAAUUUUGAUAUCCGAUUAAGCACGUGGCUCGAAAUGACAAAUAACAUGAAUCAAGUAUGCAUGUGAAAUCUCUACACAAAACUAUUCGUUGCGCGCCAAACGAUUUUUUCAACGAUCUAGUUUUCUUUUUUACGACGACCAAACACUUAUGCAACUCGUUGCGCGCCAAACAUCAAUCGUAGAUCUAACAAUCAUUGGCGACUUUUUCAGUGGAAAAUUCCAUAGUCCAUAUAAAACAACUUUAUGGAUUUUUCCCACUUUUCCGGCAAGUUUUCCAAAUUUCUUUAUGUAAGAACCCGGUGGGGGUAAAAACUAAUCAAACAAAAAAGAACCUUGUAAAUCCGUCCAUCCGUUCUUACGUGAUGCGAUUACAAAGAAUGUUUCAUGUCUCAGUUUCAUGAAAAUAGUUUUCGAUGAAUCUACUCUGUGUCUGUUACAGUUCAUUAAUGUCGUUUUCGCUUGAUGCCAAACCUAACCUAGUUUCCACUCUAACUGCUGUCAAAAAGUUUGUUUGGAGCCAGUUUCGAACCUAGUUUCAACGUUAUUGAACUGAAAAUCGAGCCAGUUUCGAACCGAUAUGCACAAGUUUGAAGUUUUACGUCUUGUUAAUUUUUAAAUAUAUGCAGGGUUGUUACGGUCGCGCGGAUUUCGCGGUUUUCGCGGAUUUCGCGAUUUUCGCGGAUUUGGCGCGGUUUCUGCUAAGAUUUUGAUGCUAUGGCGCGGAUUUAGCGCGAAUUUCAGAAAACAUCAUUCCAUAAAAUUCUUUGCAAAUUUUUGAAACUUGUGAGUUUUAUGAAACCCUAAAAAAUUAAAGAUGGGCGAACGUUUCAGCAAUUGGUCGAGAUGGCCGAAUUUUCCCUUGAUAAAACUAAAAUUUACUAGAAGGAGGUUCUAGCCAAUGUUUUCUUCAGUGGACAAAAUUUCGAUUUUAUGCUUUUCGAUCUCGAGUGAUACAAGUUGCUAUUUCAACAUUUUGCACCCAAGGAUAUUGAUGUCAGAUGGAAGAUAUCGUCUCAGUGAUAAUACAUUCAAUAAUGCAAAGAUUGCGAUUUGCGAUGCGAUUCUUCAAUAAUAUGGUAACAAAUUUUGUGUAUGAUAAAAAUCGAAUUCUUAAAGCAAAAUUUACACGACAUGCUUACGAAGCGAAGUCUGACAAUAAAAGAAACGAAGAAGUUCUGGGAUUCUAUUCGUGGUGAUAAGAAAGUGUUCUAAUAGUUAGUUGGUUCCACUAUCCAACAUUUUCAAUUGUUCUUUCCGUUCUGGAAUUUUUCCUGAAAUAUGGAAGAAAUCAUAUGUGAACAAGGGUAUAGUAUCCAACUACUUUGGAAUUGUUGCUUUGUGCGCUGUAUCGAAGCUGUUUGAAAUUAUAGUUCUGGAUUUUAUAACACAUAGUUGCUCUGACUACAUGUCAGAGACUCAGCUUGGAUCCAUGCCAAAGCUUUCAACUUCCCCUGCUGCGUUCGACGAAAUAAAUCAUCACAUAACGAUCUCCAAGUUAGGUAGACUGGGAUUAAAUGGAUCAUUUUUUAAUUGGCUUCGAUCAUAUCUAACUGGUAAUGAAAUGAUAGUGAAAAAAGGAGCCUGUUCAACCUCACCAAGUGCUGUUACAUCUGGAGUUUCUCAAGGAAGUCACCUUGGACCGUUCAUAAUUUUAUUGUAUCUCAACGAUUUAAAUUUUUCGAUCAAGUGUAUGAAACUAUCGUUCGCUGAUGACUUUCGUAUUUCAUAUUUCAAAAUUGUUUAAAUGCCACUAAAUGCUCCGUCGUCUCUUUUUGUAGCAAAAAGUCUGUAUUCAAGUUCGACUAUAAUAUGCCACAAACUGUUCUCGAAAGCGCAUCGUCUGUUAAGGACCUGGGUGUUCUGGAAAGCAAGUUAAAUUUUAAAGAGCACAUAGAACUUUCAAUUGUUACAAUUUGACAUUCGACGUCGUAGUUUUCCUAUUUUUUUCUUCGGAUUCCCUAUGUUAGAACUAAUUAUGGAUAUAACGAGCUCAUUGCUAGCAUGUUCCGCAUAUUUAACAAAUGUUUCAAUUCUUUCGACUUUCAUUUAUCACGUAAUGUUAUCAAGAAAUCGUUUCUUAUGUUACUGUCUCAUUAGAUGUAGUUACUAUAGAAGCACUAGAUUUAAGCAAAUGUAUCAUUUGGAUGAUUUUGAUCUAUUGAUGCAAAAGAUGAGGAGUUUUUAUGCCUGCUGGAGAACAAAUUUGACAGAAACUAAUUCCAGUGGGCUUUUCCCUGAUUCAAAUAAAAGAAGAAAAGAUGAUUUCCUCCUCAGACAUUCAGAGUGAAAUCUGACAACAAAAGAAGGCGCUAUUAUAAUUGCAACUGAUACUAAAAAGAGUGAAUCAGAUCAUCCUGAUGUGGUCUACCUAAAAAUUCUUCUUACCAAGAAGGAAAUGUUUGCCGAGCAAAAAGAUGUCGAAACAAAAAACAAAUAUCUUCGAUGAAAUGUGUAAGCAUUUUUAUUUUUACUGUAACAUUUUCCGUACAUCAGAGAGUAUUAAUUAAGGAUCAAGAAUAAACCAAGUUAGCUUGUGUAUUACGUACAAUUUAUUCAGUACGUAUGUUAUAGAUUAAUAUAUGCAGUGCAACGAGUUUAUUAAAGUGACUUGCAGGAUUGAGUUUCAAACAAUCUUUUUUAACAAUAAUUUAUUCUCGAAUGCAUGUUAAGCCUGACAUUUUGUAUGAUAUAUCAGUUUUAAACAAUUUUUCACCAACGUUUGAUGGAAAAUUGCUUACAUUUUAUGAAUAUAGAUUUUAAUCCCUUAAUAAAAAAAGUUGACAACACUGCUUCAAAUCAUUUGUAUUAGAUUGCGCUACACAAAAUAAGCAAAACUAAAUAUUUUCUGUUACAAAAGUAGUAAAAAUAAAUAGUUUUACGACAACAUGCCAUUUCCAUUGCCUUUCGCGUGUUAAAUUAAAGGUUCCUAUUUUACGGGUUUACUUAUAAAAGCUACGGAAAAAAAUUCUGCAAGAGGAAAUCCAUAUAGGAAUGUGUUUGUUGCUAAUCAAAUGUGUCAGUGGAAGUAAGCGUUAACUGAGACAAUUUUUCUCGAGCAGUUUUAAGGAAAACCGAAGAGUCCUAGACUAAGACACUUUUCUUGAAUUGCAAUUUUAAGCAGAAUGAACUGAUUGGUUUAUUUUUCAACCAUAUGGAAGAUUUAUUGAUUAAAAUCAGUAAAAUAAGCGCCGGAAUUUGUUUUUACGCACAUAUUGUUGACAUUACUCAUACGCUUGCAAAAAGUCUUGCUCCUUAACUAAGGGCAUCGAAAAAGAUGAAGAAUAAAAAUGAAAUCGUUUUCAUUGGGUUUCUCGAAGUAACGUGCUGUAUGCGGACUUAUUUAUUGUGUUCAUAUGACAAACUUAUGCAGAUUUUUAAACUAUAUUUAAGUGAAUUUUCAAGUACUGCGGAAAGUAUCACCUGCAUAAAAAUAGUUGUCUAACGCUUCACUCGAAUUUUAGUUUUCAACUUCGCGCGGAUUUCGCGUGUUUUAGUGUUCGACUUCGCGCGGAUUUCGCGCGUUUUGAUUUUGAAAUUUUUCGUAACAACCCUGUAUAUGCAAUCGGCCCUUACCUGUUGAAUGUUCCUCUUAAUUCCUCUUAAUCUUUCACUGUUCGGUUGUGCGAUAGAAUAAUUGAAACUUUUUGUUCUGGAGAUUUGUCGCUCAAGUAGCUUGUCUGUAACUUUAUUGAAAGCAAAAAUAAAAAAAAAACACGUGUUCUAAAUCUCAGCCAUUUUCCCACAUGAAAUGAAGUAACACUCAUACAAAUGCAAAUUAAGUACCUUUACGCGACAAAAAGCAAACAAACGCAACCACUCAGCAAAACGAAACUAACUAAAAAACGAAGAAGCUUCACCAAAGCAUAGCUUUUUCCUAAAUCAUAAAACCCACUAUUUUACCGAAUCUGAUAGCAACAAAUGCGAGAACGUAAUUUAUUUUUGGUAUUUGAAACGUAAUAACAGUAAGGAUAGCAAAGAUAGGAAAAAUUUGAACCUUAGCGCAGGAACAAGGAUGUAUCGAACAAAACUCAUUUGGCUGUAAACCGUGAAAAGCAGAAGACGACAGGUUCAGGCAACGUGCAACAAAUGCGAUAGAUUAGCGUUGUGAUAAUUUUUACACGAGUUAUUUCAUUAGUUUGAAAUUAGUACCUACACAAAAUUGUACAUAACAAAGAACAGUACAUGUUAUUCAGUGAAACUCUUUCGGAAAUGUAAACAAAAACGAGACCGUUGCAAACAAAAGCGUGAUUUAAGACUAUUUUGCAAUAAAGGCAAAGAAUAAUCUAACCCUCAGAAUAGAAAAUAAUAUCGUGGUAAUUUAAAACAUAAGCAGGUUUUUAUACGAACAAAUGAGUGGAUGAAAGAGAAAUUUUAUUGACUCGCGCAUAAAUACAUAAUUUGCCUAACGUA